AGAAUUCAAGUGUAAUUCGUUCUUGGAUGUUUUGGGUAAGAUUUUCAAGGGAAUAAAAUGGGAGGAGUGAGAACAAAUAUCUGUUGGAUACAUCAUGCUUUACUUUUUCUCGUCGGUGUUUUAAGUUUGUUGCCAUUGGCACGGUGUGUUGAUGUCUCCCUUCCUCUUGUAACUAAGCAAGUUUACAGCCGGCUAUCAGACCUCGCUGCAAUAUUAAGUAGUGAUAUCAAAACCAAUCUUGGCUUCUGCAUAAAGGAUGUGGAUGCUGAUUGGAAUGGAGCAUUUAAUUUCUCAAAUAACUUGGAUUUUUUGAGUAAUUGUGUCCAGAAAACGAAAGGUGAUCUCACUAUGCGACUAUGUACAGCAGCAGAAAUAAAAUUCUACUUCAGUAGUCUUUCUGAAAAUGGAGCAAAACGUACCCAUUACUUAAAACCUAACAAGAACUGCAAUUUGACAUCAUGGGUUUCUGGAUGUGAACCUGGAUGGGGUUGCAGUGCCAACCAGCAUGUUGAACUAAAAAAUUUGGCAAAUAUCCCUAGUAGGACUCAAGAUUGUCAGCCUUGUUGUGAAGGAUUCUUUUGCCCUAAGGGUCUAACUUGCAUGAUUCCCUGCCCGCUAGGUGCUUACUGUCCACUUGCGAAGUUCAAUAAAACGACUGGACUUUGUGACCCAUACAAUUACCAGAUCCCUCCUGGGAAACCAAACCAUACUUGUGGUAGUGCAGAUGUUUGGGCUGACGUUGGGAGUAGUAAUAACAUUUUCUGUUCGCCAGGGUCGUUCUGCCCCAACACCAUAUAUAAAGCUCCUUGCACCAGCAGGCAUUACUGUAGACAGGGUUCCACUAAUCAACUGCGAUGCUUCCAGUUAGCUACCUGCAAUGCAAAUGCUGCAAACCAAAAUAUUCGUGCUUAUGGAGUCAUGCUUUUUAUUGCACUGAGCCUUCUUCUGUUCAUCCUUUAUAACUUCUCCGAUCAAGUUCUUAGUACUCGGGAAAGAAAAAUGAGUAAAUCAAGAGAACAGGCUGCAAAAUAUGCACAUGAAACUGCACAAGCACGUGAAAGGUGGAAAGCUGCAAAGGAUGUUGCCAAGAAGGGGACAGCAGGUUUGUCGAAACAGUUAUCACGAACAUUUUCUCGAGCAAAAUCUACAAGGCGACCAGAGCAGACAAAAGUUGGCCCAGAUGAUGCUUCAUUGCCAACUAUGGAUCCAGGUCAUCCAAAUGCAACAGAGAAGCCAUCUGCAGCGUCAAAUGCAAAGAAAAAGGAACCAAGCAACCUCACAAAGAUGUUGCAUUCUAUUGAGGAUGAUCCAGAUCAUGGCUUUCAUCUGAAUAUAGGAGACAAAAAUACUAAAAAGCAAAUGAAUAACUCUAAGGCUAAAAAUCUGCAUAGUAAGAGUCAAAUUUUUAAGUAUGCUUAUGGACAGAUUGAGAAGGAGAAAGCUAUGCAGCAGCAGAACAAGAACUUGACGUUCUCAGGAGUAAUUUCAAUGGCUAGUGAUAAUGACAUACGGACCAGGCCUGUCAUUGAGAUUGCUUUUAAGGAUCUAACUCUCACUUUGAAGGGGAAACACAAACAUCUGCUGAGGUGUGUUACUGGGAAAAUGAUGCCGGGUCGAGUUACUGCUGUCAUGGGCCCAUCCGGAGCAGGGAAAACAACAUUUCUUUCUGCAUUGACAGGAAAAGCAACUGGAUGUACUAGGACAGGUUCAAUUCUUAUAAAUGGGAAAAAUGAGUCCAUCCAUUCAUUUAAGAAAAUUGUUGGAUUUGUCCCACAAGAUGAUAUAGUGCAUGGAAACUUGACCGUUGAGGAGAAUCUCCGAUUCAGUGCAAGAUGCAGACUCUCUGCUGACAUGCCAAAAGCUGAUAAAGUUUUGGUCCUUGAAAGAGUUAUUGAGUCCUUGGGACUACAAGCAAUAAGGGAUUCACUUGUAGGGUCAGUGGAAAAGCGAGGAAUCUCUGGAGGCCAGAGGAAGCGUGUAAAUGUUGGUUUAGAGAUGGUGAUGGAACCUUCACUACUGAUCUUGGAUGAGCCUACUUCUGGUUUAGAUAGUGCAUCAUCAAGCUUGCUUCUUAGAGCACUUCGACGUGAAGCUCUUGAAGGAGUAAAUAUCGUAAUGGUGGUUCACCAACCAAGCUAUGCCUUGUUCAAGAUGUUUGAUGAUUUAAUACUUCUAGCCAAAGGCGGUCUCAUUGUGUAUCAUGGACCUGUGAAGAAAGUCGAAGAAUACUUUUCUGGAAUAGGGAUCCCUGUACCUGAUCGAGUUAAUCCUCCAGACCACUACAUAGACAUUCUGGAGGGUAUUGAGAAACCAAGCUCAGGGGCAGCAUUUGAGGAGUCGUUAUGGACAAACAUAGUAUCACAAGGACACAACAUCUUCUGGGUUCUUAAACAGCGACUACGCGAAUCUAGAAUACAAGCUAUUGAUUAUCUGAUUCUGUUACUCGCUGGAGCCUGCUUAGGAAUUCUGGCUAAAGUGAGCGAUGAAACAUUUGGGUCCCUUGGCUACACUUAUACUGUCAUUGCUGUUUCAUUACUAUGCAAGAUUUCAGCUUUAAGAUCUUUUUCUCUGGACAAAUUACACUACUGGAGAGAGAGUGCAGCUGGGAUUAGCAGCUUGGCUUAUUUUCUAUCUAAAGACUCUAUUGACCUUUUCAAUGUUGUCAUCAAACCUGUGGUCUAUUUAUCAAUGUUCUAUUUCUUCAACAAUCCCAGAUCAACCUUUCAAGACAAUUAUGUUGUCUUGCUCUGCCUUGUGUAUGCAGUAACUGGCAUGGCUUACAUAUUUGCCAUCCUUCUAGAACCCAGUCCUGCCCAACUGUGUUCAGUGCUGCUUCCUGUUGUUUUGACUCUCAUUGCAAACCAGGACAAAGACAGUUUAACCCUCAAGUACUUUGGAAACUUAUGCUAUCCAAAGUGGGCUCUAGAAGCGUUUGUUAUUGCAAAUGCUAAAAGGUACUCUGGGGUGUGGUUGAUAACUCGUUGCAGUUCCUUAAUGGAAAGCGGGUAUGAUCUUAAACACUGGAAUAUUUGUCUGGUAAUCCUCAUUCUAAACGGCAUCGUUAGUCGCCUCAUAGCCUACAUUGCCUUGGUGACCGUCCAAAAGAACUACUCAAAAGUAUACAAAAUGCGUAGUGGUAACACUCAAGUAUCGUGUAGAUUAGAUGUCAUGAACAUUAUGUAGGUUCUAUGGUAAGUGCAUCUCUGAAAUAUUGUAUGAUCAUAUGUAGAUUCAAGUAUAGAACUGAGAAACAGUAAGAAAGGAGAAGGUUUCCUAGUUCAUUCCAUCUUCAACCAAAGAUUACAUUUGCUUUUUCAUGGUUCUUAAAUUCUGGUUCUGGGAUGUUUGACUAUGUUUCAUCAAUUUCACAAGUUGAGGAACUUAUAUGUCAUUAAAAAAAACUCUAAGAC